CCACUACGUGCCGUCGUCUCGUCGCGUGAGCCUCAUCCCAUUCUCAUUCAUGCUUCGUUCGCCUUUUGCAGCAUUACGUUGUUUCUUCUCCCUUUUCCCGCCGCCAACCGCCCCAGCGCCAAAGCAGCUCAGCAUAUGUACGCGCAGCCGCCGGCCACCCACUAACUUUCAAUACCAUCGUGCCCGACACGCCCAGCCUUUCUCUCCGUCACAGCCCGCCAUGGCUGGCCCCCCGCUCACGAUCCUCUGCUUCGGCGACUCCCUCACGCAGGGCUUCUUUAACUAUGGGCUGGGCGAGCACCCAUACUCUUUGAUCCUCGAGGACCGUCUCCGCCACGAGAUGCCUACCCGGCGCAUCCAAGUCCGCACGAGCGGGGUUCCUGGCGAUGUCGCCUCCCACGAGCCCUUUCUGCGGCGCCUCGAGCGGGAAUGUGCGUGACGCCAGGCUGCCACCUUAUCUAUACCCGGUAUCCCUCUCGACGCGGCCAUCGAGUGAAACUGACAAAGACACCGGCAUCCAGGCGAUGCCGAGAAAUUCGACUGGGUCAUCAUGCUGGCCGGGACAAAGUGAGCGUCCUGCUGCUGGCCUGUACUAUACCUACCUACAGGCUACCGCCCACUGCAUAACCACAUUACUAAUGCGCGGCGUCAGCGACCUGGCAUACUAUCCCGAUGCGCAGCGCAUCCUCAACAGCCUCAAGAAGUGCUGGGCCGUUCCUCUGUCCCGGGGCUUCAAAGUGCUCGCCCUCACGGUGCCCGAAUGCUCCGCCCAGGUGCCGCAGAUCAACGCCGCGCGCCGCGAGCUCAACGCGGGCAUCCUCACCCACGCAGAGCCCAACUUCUACACCAUGGACUUGCACGAGAAACUCCCGUAUCACUCGCUCUCCCCGGAAGAACGCAGCGAAUACUGGAGCGACGGGCUGCAUCUCACCGCCGAGGGAUACGACUGGAUGGGCGGUCACAUUGUCGAGGGCCUGCUCAAGAUCCUGCCCGAAGCGGCCGUGCCACGAACGCCUUCGGGGCCUCGGAAAACACGUCAUAGCGACGGGCGGACGCUUGUCGAGGAGUUGGGCGACCCCAAGAAACUUAACGAGGGCUACGUCGUGGUGAGGAAGAAGGACUUGGACUAGAGGGCGGUCGUCGUACGCAGACCAUGACGUUCUCAUUGGUGCUUUUCUUGUGUGGGCGUCGACGAGGGAGGCGCUCGGGUGUUCUUUGUUACAAGCGGGCGAAACUCACAGGCUUAAUGGAUGACGAGCUAUGUUUGGACGCAGCGGCGUUGUUGGGAUUCGACAUUCUAGACUAUAGCAAUGCAUACGACUCUUGGCGCUUG